GCGAACCUCUUUCACUUUCCGCUACGCGCCGUGGCCGUUCGGCGCGUUCGUCUCUGCGUUCGUCCAUUCGCUCGUGUUCGUUCCGUCGUUCCCCGAUCCCGAUCAUUACGCAGUGUGCCGUGUGCUUGUGCAGGUCUCGUUCGUUCGUUCGCUCGCGAUCCGAUCCCGUUCUCCCCAUCUCACACACGCUGUCGUUCGCUCGCGUCUAUCCUGAAACACAAAAAAUUCUCGGUCUCCAGCGUAAAUUACGCAUCGUGAAGAAGAAACUGAUUCGUAUACGGUUUGCGCAGCGACAGUAAUUCCUACGGGAGCGACGAAGCGCGAGUAAAACCUUAUACGGCGACAAGAAGGCACGUGGAGAGAACUCAAUAGGAACAGACAGGCUAAACGACAAAGAAGUUCAACGGUGUCUACGUGGGAUUCUCUCCCUAUCUUUCUCUCUGUCUCUCUGUUGAGGGUGGGAUCGGCUACGAGACGACAACGACGGCGACAACCCCGAAACGCAGGAAAAUGCCGGAGACCGCGCAUCACAUGAACGGUUACGCGAAUGGCCACGCGCCGCCCGAGCUACAGCAGGACACCACUUUUCUCUUCACCUCAGAGUCGGUCGGUGAGGGACACCCAGACAAAAUGUGUGAUCAAAUAAGCGAUGCCAUUUUGGAUGCACAUCUGAAGCAAGAUCCCAAUGCUAAAGUAGCAUGUGAAACUGUAACAAAAACCGGGAUGAUACUUCUGUGUGGAGAAAUUACAUCGAAAGCUGUAGUGGAUUAUCAAAAGAUUGUUCGAGAUACAGUAAAGCACAUUGGUUACGACGAUUCUUCAAAAGGUUUUGACUACAAGCUGUGCAAUGUUCUGUUGGCGCUCGAUGCUCAAUCACCAAAUAUCGCGGCAGGCGUUCAUGAAAACCGUAGCGACGAGGAAGUGGGAGCAGGAGAUCAGGGUCUAAUGUUUGGAUACGCAACCGAUGAAACUGAUGAAUGUAUGCCGUUGACGGUCGUAUUGGCGCAUAAAUUAAAUCAAAAAAUUGCCGAAUUAAGACGAAGUGGCGAAUUAUGGUGGGCUCGUCCAGAUUCAAAAACGCAGGUGACCUGUGAAUAUAUUAUGGAUCAUGGAGCUUGCGUACCUAUAAGAGUUCAUACUGUUGUGGUAUCACUGCAACAUAGCGAAAAAAUCGGUCUAGAUGAAUUACGCAAAGCAAUCAUGGAGAAAGUUAUCAAAGAAGUGAUACCAGCAAGAUACCUGGACGACAGAACAGUCUUUCACGUGAAUCCUUGCGGAUUGUUCAUUAUUGGUGGACCACAGAGUGACGCUGGUCUCACGGGACGAAAGAUUAUCGUAGAUACAUACGGUGGUUGGGGUGCGCAUGGUGGUGGUGCAUUUUCCGGUAAAGAUUUUACGAAGGUGGACAGAUCAGCUGCAUACGCCGCAAGAUGGGUCGCAAAAUCCCUGGUAAAAGCCGGUCUCUGCAGGCGCUGUCUUGUACAGGUCUCUUAUGCCAUUGGAGUAGCAGAACCAUUGUCGAUCACAGUGUUCGAUUAUGGCACAUCCACACGCUCCCAGAAUGAGCUUUUAGACAUAGUGAACAAAAACUUUGAUCUGCGACCGGGAAAGAUUGUCAAGGAGCUGAAUCUUCGCAAUCCUAUUUACCAACAAACCAGUACAUAUGGUCAUUUCGGACGAGAUGGUUUCACAUGGGAGCAACCAAAAAAAUUGAUUCUUGAUUGAUGAGAGAGUAGAUUUUAAGUUGGCUUCGGCGUUUUUCGAUUAAUUAGACAUCCGAUAAAACGUCUCUAUUUCUCUAUCUCUUCCUCUAUCUAUCUUUCUCUCUCUCUCUCUCUCUAUCUUUCUCAGUAACCGUGUUAUAUCAAAUGACAAAAAUGUCGCCCGAGACCUUUUCGAUCUCUAUGCCGCAAUUACCGAGUCCAUCGAUUUCUCAAUGCCAAUAUAUUAGUAGUAGCAAAAACUGGAGGGCAAAGAGGGGGGAGGAUUCUUUUUCUAGUUCUUUUUUUCGUUCCGUGGAGAAUAUAUGGGGUUAUUGUAUACAUAUAUAUUAUUAUGACGACAGACAUAUAGUACAAAUCUCUCGUUCAUAUUCCGACACGCGGAUGUGAACAGUCAUUUCUUCCUUCACUUUUCGCAGAAUUGGUUUUUCGGGUGAUAAUGCCUCUCAAUAACACGGUUAAACAACCAUCCUAGGUACAAUAAAUAUAUUCGCGCGGGGAAAGAGGUACUGAAUCUAUUAUGGAGCCCCAUAUUGUUAUAAACCCAUGUUCACAUCCUAACAACUUCUUUCUUUAACGUUCAAUUAGAUAAUUCAAUCUGGCAUACCCAGAUUAUGAUUUUAUCGCUAAUGCAUGAUGUGGAAGUAAAAAAAAAAGUAAAAACUAUUAGAGCGAGCAAAUAUCUUCCCAGCUGUAAUAAAAAAAACAUUUGAACAGGCGUUACAUUGAUACGAAUUUUCAGAUUAAAAAAUGCAACUGUAGUUUCAUAGCUUUUUAGCACGAUGCUCUAGUAAUCAUUCACACGUACAUGAAAGUUCGAUGCUCCGAUCUGAUCACAGUAAGCUAAUUUCCAGAUGCCCGAAAAUAUAAAUCGCAAAUCUCGAUAAGUUUGCGUUUUUUAUUUUAUUUCGACAAUUAGCGUCAUAUAUAUAUAUGUAUGUAUAUAUACACACAUACAUACACAUACACAUACAUACAUGAUCGGUCUUUCGUGUACGUAUCUUUAUUUUAAUUAUUACAAUCAUUAAAGCGGUAAAAAUGUCAGAAAAUAUAAAUUGAGAACAAUGACGUGUCUUUGGCAAAAGUGUACAUAGCAAAGCAGGAAAUGAUGCUUGUGUUCAGAAGCUAUGUUCGAAAGUUUCACGGUAUAGUUGCGACAUAUAAUAUCGGACCGAUCAAUACAUUACCGAUGAGAGAAACCAUUGUUAAAACACUUUAUAGUGCGCGUGAAUAUAUGGUAUAGCACGAA